AUGAUGAUUGAUUCGAUGCAAUCUUCACACGCUGUUAAAAAUUUUCGUUUUAUUGACGACGAAUAUAACCCACAACUAUUUCCAACCGUUAAUGAAUAUCUAGUGAACGAACUACUUACUCUUGAGCAAUGUUUAGAAUCAUUUGUAACGCGAAUCGAUCGAUUAGAUCAAAUUAUUCAAAUAGCCAAAGAGAAUUGUCACUUUCCCUGCGAACAUUAUCUUACGCAUGAUGAAUCAGCUGCAAUAUUUCUAUAUACGAUAGAAUGGGAUGGUACCAAUCUUUACCAACUUAUUACUCAAGAUUUUCGUUCGCAAGAACAGUCAACUUCAAAGUUAUGGUUUCCAUAUCUUAAACUAUUCUAUACUGCUAUAGAUAAAUUGCCAAAUGUUCAUACUAAUGUAUGGCGAAUUAUUCCAGAAAAUAUGAGAAAAGAGCUAAACAAAAACGAUGAAUUUAUCUGCUGGAGUAUUACUUCAUGUUCAUCAUCAAUUGAUGUUAUCAGAGAAUUUUCUGGAAUAGGUUCAAGAUUACUAAUGAUUGAAACAGUCACUGGAAAGAAUAUAUCAAAGUAUUCGAAUUCACCAGAUCAACAUGAAGUUAUUCUUUGUCCGGGCACUCGGUUUCGUUUCUUAAAAUCGAAUCUUCCAGAUCCAAUGCCUUUGGUAGAUAUCGUGUACUUGCAAGAAAUAACUGAUCCUAAUGACGCAGAAGCAGCAAAUUCUGUCACAAAAAACUGCUUGAUUAGAACUUCAAUAUCUAAAAUUUAUAAAAAAUGGCUAAUUCUACUACUGAUGCACAUUAUCAUAUUGGCAUUGGCUCUAUUUCUUUUUAAUUCUAAAAUAGAAGUAUGGACUACUUUUGAAUUAUCAAAUAGUACUGUACCAUCCUUGCAGGCCAUAAGACCUCUGUUUUCAUUCAUAUAUAGUCUAAGUCAAAUGAUGAAGAACGACAAGCUAUCGAUUAUUCAUGUGCAAAUCGAUGAACGCGGAAAUAAAUAUGAUUGCAAAUCCAAAUAUUAUGUCGAACUCAGAGAAUGGAAAGAUGGCAAGAAGCAUGGUAAAGGUAAAAUGAAUUAUGCAAAUGGUCACAUAUAUACUGGCGAUUGGGUGGAAGAUCUAGCGACAGGUGAAGGUAUCUUCGCGUACACAAAUGGUGAUCAAUAUGAGGGACAGUAUAAAAAUGGUCAACGACACGGAAAAGGUUUCUAUACUUACAUUAACGGUGAUAAUUACACUGGUGAUUGGCUCGAAGACAAGAAAUCAGGUCAGGGUAUUAUCAUUUGGGGUCCUAACUCUACUUGGGCCAACGACAGAUAUGAAGGAGAAUUUUAUAACGAUCAUAUGCAUGGACAAGGUACAUAUUAUUUUGCGAAUGGUGAUACUUACACGGGCGGUUGGGUCAUGAAUCAACAGGAUGGCCAGGGUAUUUUUAAUUUCGCUAGUGGUGAUCGAUUUGAGAUGAACGGUUCAAAAAUCUUUCAUCAACAUACUUUUAUAUUUUAG